AUGGCAGCGGGAGAUCAGAAGGAACUCACCCGGGGCGUCGCUGUUGCUACUUCCGGUGGAAACGCCACCCUAUUCGUGUAUUCUUCUGUUCCGCCACCAUCCAUCUUCGCUUGUUCCGUUAGCCGCCGUAAGCACCGCUGUAGCGCUGCUGUUUCGCCGCUGCUAUCCUCCGAUCCGUUGCUGCCGUCGCAGGCCUCAACCACCACUUCCGCUAACUUCAACGUUGUCAGUCGCCAAGGUUUGAAUCUGUCUAACAGAAUUGCGCCAUCGAAGGAUUAG